AUGUUUUUGUCGUGGUGCGCCUUUUUCCGUUUCAUCGCUUUCUUCCUUUUUGUUAUUUUGUUUUCCUAUUUACUUUUCUGGCCUCUUAUUUUUUUCCUCCCUUUCCGUUUUUUCCUUUUAUUUUUUUGUUCUCUCGCCUUUAAUCUGCUGUUUACCGUCCGAAUAGUUUCUUUAAAAAAAAAAAAGAAAAAUUCACUGAGGGGAGUCAAAGGGUUGUGUGCGUGCGUAUCUGCUUUUUGUGUUACGUUUGCGUCUUUGUGUAUAUGCUUACUUAGUUGUCCACUUAUUAUUUGUACCGCAAUUUUCUCCUCAAACACCCGCACAAAUUUUGUCAGUAAUGGACAUAGAGCUGCGAAUAAGUAA